GCCCAUCAAAGAAAGGAAGCCCAAAGUGGAAGAUAAUAGGCCCAAUAUCUUAUUUCUUCUUUAAACAUUAAACCCUUCUCUCCAUCUCUGUCUACGCGCUCUUACCAGUUAGGGUUUAAGGGUUGGUGGUUGGGAACUGUUGCCGCUAGUUUGCUUAUGGUAUCUGUUGGUUCAAAAGCUUUAAUAUUUAGAAGGCCCAGAAGUGGUAAUUUAGGGGAAAAUUGCAUAAUGGGUGAGGAGGAUAAUUCAUAUAAGCAAGGUAGAAAGAAAAAGGGAAUGGGCAGGAAGGCCAGGAAAGAAAGUUUUAGUUUUGAUGGGGAUAAUUCUAACAAAAAUGUGUCUGGACCUGGAACUUUCAGACCCAAAAAGUCCUCCAAGCAUCAAAAUACAUUAGAACCGCAGCCAUUGGUUAUCAGGAAACAGGUUGAUCCCGAAACUGUAAAAUACUUCUCAGAGAUUGCGAAUCUUCUUGAAAGUAAUGGGGUUGAUUUCGAGGAGCGAUCAGUUAUUUGUGGUAAUGCUCUUGAAGAAGCUAAAGGGAAGGAAUUUGAAUUGGCAACUGAUUAUAUCAUAAGCCAUACUUUUCAAACUCUCCUCGAGGGCUGUGAUAUUGAACACCUUUGUGGUUUCCUCCAAAGCUGUGCAAAUAUCUUCCCUUUAAUUGCAAUGGACCGGUCUGGUUCUCAUGUCGCUGAGACAGCACUUAAGUCUUUAGCGACACAGCUUCAGGACAAUGAGGCAUUUUCUGCUAUUGAAGAGACUCUAACUACGAUAUGCAAGGUGAUUGUUGCUAAUCCUGUUGAUAUGAUGUGUAACUGUUAUGGAUCUCAUGUUCUUCGAAGUCUUCUUUGUCUUUGUGGUGGAGUGGCGAUAGAUUCCCCUGUUUUUCAUGGAGCAAAACCAUCAACAAUUUUGGCAGAGCGGCUGAACCUCAACGAUACUCGGCCAUUUGGUAAUGACUCGGUAUAUUGUCAACAAGGAUUUCCCAGUUUGUUGAAGUUUCUUGUAUCAGAAAUGUUGAAGUGCACCAGUGAAGACAUUAAAAUCCUACAAGUUGAUCAAUACAGCAGUUUGGUUUUGCAGACAGCUUUGAAGUUAUUAGCUGGGCAAGGUCAAGAGUUAACGCAAAUAAUUCUUAUUUUACUUGGAUGCAAAGAAGAAAACUCAAAACAAGAAAGCUUCAUUGAAACGACAGCAGUUGGUGAAAUUGUAGGGUUAAUGAAAGAAACUGCCUACAGCCACUUAAUGGAGGUGAUAGUGGGAGUGAGUCCUGAAAGCUUGUAUGAUGAGAUGUUCACUAAAGUUUUUAAGAAUUCGUUAUUUAAGCUUUCAUCCCAUCAUUGUGGCAACUUUGUAAUUCAAGCAUUAGUUUCUCAGGCAAGGAGUCAGGAACAAAUGGAGCUGAUUUGGGAGGAACUUGGUCCAAGAUUUACAGAUCUUCUUGAAAUGGGGAGGUCGGGAGUUGUUGCUUCUCUGAUUGCUGCAAGUAAAAGGCUUCAUACCCAUGAACACAAGUGCUGUCAGGCCCUUGUUGCAGCUGUAUGUUCACCAAAUGAGUCUCCAAGAUGCAUUGUUCCUAGGAUACUAUUUCUUGAAAAUUACCUUGCCUUUGAGGACAGGUCCAAUUGGGACUGGCCAAGUGGUAUGAAGAUGCAUGUCAUGGGUUCUCUUAUUCUCCAAGCAAUUUUCAGAUUUCAAAGUGAACUCAUUCAGCCUUUUAUUAACAGUCUUAUAUCCAUGGAAAUUGACCAUGUCCUUCAAACUGCCAAAGAUGCUGGGGGAGCGCGAGUUAUUGAAGCCUUUCUUGGUUCCAAUGCUUCUGGAAAGCAGAAACACAGAUUAAUCAUGAAGCUACGAGGACAUUUUGGAGAGCUGGCAAUGCAUUCUUCCGGUCCAUUUACCAUUGAGAAGUGUUUCACUGCCAGUAAUAUAUCCCUAAGGGAGGCCAUAGCAUCGGACUUGUUAGCAGUGCAGACUGAACUAUCCAAGACAAAGCAUGGCCCCUAUCUCUUGAGGAAGAUAGAUAUUGACAGAUUUGCUAACCGGCCUGAUCAAUGGAGGUCCAGGCAAACAUCCAAACAAUCAACUUACGAAGAAUUUUCCACUGCAUUUGGGUCUGGUGAGAAAAACAAGCCUUCAAAAAGUGACUCCUUCCUUGUUGAUGCUUCCAAGAAUACUUCACACCCAAAAGAUUUAAAGAAAAUGAGGGAAGAGAUUGAUCAUCAUCUAUCAUCUGAGAAAAAUGCCAAAAAUUACAUGGCUAAUGAUAUCAAGAAGGCGAAAUACAAAAAGAGUCAUGCUGCUCCUGAGAUGGUUGGAACAUCUAAAAAAGCAGUGGAAUCCAUACAGCAGAUACCAUUCCUAUCUGAUGAUGGGAAGGGAAAGAAACGACAGAGAAAAGAUAAGCCCUCGAAAGCUUCAAAAAAGAAGUUAAAAGUAUGAUGAUGUGAUUUUCAUUUAGCUUUGUAAUAAUACCAAUACUAAACUUGAGCUUUUCCAGAGCAUAUGUUACAGGAAUGAAAAUUUUGUUACAAAUAUUCUUGAUUAGAACAGCAGAUACCUUUUAUUGCUUUAUAGUA